UAAACAGCCGGGAGCAGGAAGCACAGACGGGGCAGAUGUCUACUUUAUAGAUUAAGCACAUGACUUUCUCUGAUCAGCUGUCAAUGUCUAUGCUAAAAGUCACCAUGGCCAUCCGCUACUGGUAGAAAAAGCCUAACCUACAUAAGGUUGAGUUCCAGCAUGUUGGAUCGUUGCAGAUUAGGAAGUGUUCAGAAAGAGUUCAGGAACACUAUUUAGGCUCUGGUGCUGUUUGUUCGAAGAAGAAGUAGGGGCCUCACUUGGAAGCUACACCAGUGACAGGAGUCCGUCCAAGGCGUGAGCCGGUAGUGUCUAGAAACUGAACAUGGACGUCACAUGGAUGGGGAUCUUGGUCCUCAUGUGUAUGUUCAUCUACUCAACUUGGGACACCUUUUAUAGGAGACGUCAUCUUCCUCCUGGACCGACACCCCUGCCUCUCAUAGGGACGCUGCUGAGCAUCAGGAGAGGUGCGCUGGUAAAUUCUCUCAUGAAGUUUUGGGAUCAGUAUGGUCCAGUGUAUACCCUGUACUUUGGACCACAGCCAGUGGUUGUUCUCUGUGGAUAUGAUGCAGUAAAGGAGGCACUUAUUGAUCGGGGUGAAGAGUUUGGGGCACGAGGCCCCCUUCCUGUGCUGGAGAGGUUUACCCAGGGUUAUGGCAUCAGUCUAAGCAAUGGCGAAAGGUGGAAACUCAUCCGAACCUUUACUGUGAGGACACUGAAGAGCUUCGGCUUUGGAAAGAAAAGUAUGGAGAAUAAAAUUCAAACAGAAGCCCAAUGCAUUGUGGAAGAGUUUAAGAAAUCAAAUGGCCAUCCCUUUGAUCCUGAUAAGAAGCUCAUGGAUGCUUUUUCCAAUGCCCUCUGUGCAGUCAUUUUUGGAGACCGUUUUGAGUACAAGGAUGAACGGUUUAUUAAGUUACUUGCCAUUGCAGAAGAAGCUUUCCACAUCGCAAGUUCUUCCUGGGGUCAGCUGCAGGCCAUUCUUCCCACAAUUAUGAACCAUAUUCCAGGACCUCACCAGAGAAUGAUCACCAUCUCAGAAGAAUUGGCUGAAUUCAUAAAUGACAGGGUGAAGGCUAGUCUGGAGAACCUGGAUCCCAGCUCACCUAGACAUUUCAUUGACAGCUUCCUCAUCAAAAUAAAAGAGGAGAAGAAUAAACCUAACACUGACUUUAAUCUAAGAAAUCUCCUAGUGACGACUCAUAACCUGUUUUUAGCUGGAAUAGAGACGGUGAGCACCACCCUGCGGUAUGGCCUGCUCAUCUUACUAAGGUAUCCUGACAUACAAGCUAAAAUCCAGCAAGAGAUCGAUCGAGAGAUUGGACGAGAACGGACCCCGAAUUUUGAAGAUAGAAUGACAAUGCAUUAUACGCAGGCGGUUCUAAAUGAGAUCCAGCGGUUUGGGGAUGUCCUCCCUCUUAAUCUACCUCAUAUGGUGACCAGAGAUAUUGAGUUUAGAGGAUAUCAUAUUCCCAAGGGCAUGGUUAUUUACCCUCUACUCUGCACCGUACAUCGUGACCCCAAACAAUUUUCUUCUCCGUGCACGUUUAAUCCGAACCGCUUCUUAGAUGAGAAUGGAAAAUUCAUGAAGAAUGACGCCCUGAUGCCGUUCUCGGCAGGAAAGAGAAUCUGCCCGGGGGAGAUUUUAGCCCGAAUGGAGCUUUUUAUCUUUUUCACCACCAUUCUGCAAAACUUUAAACUGACUUCACCGACUAAAUUCACGGACUCUGAUAUUGCUCCACAAAUGGCCGGAUUCUUAAAUGCCCCCAUUAGCUAUGAGCUGUCAUUUGUACCUCGCUAGGUCACAUGCACUUUGGUCUUCCCAUGCAGUUCAUGGUAACAUUUUUUGGCUUUUCAGUUUUAUAAUGCAUUGCAGCCUUGUUGCUCAGCCUUUUUGAUUAUUGGGUCCCAUUUACAUUGUGGGAUUUUCGCACAGAAGUUGGCAGAAAACAUUGGUGUGGAAAUUCAGCUACAUGAAGUUAAAUGGGCACUGUCAUUGAAGCUAAGUUUUUGCUAUGGCACUCCUUAUGGAUAAUAAAAAAUAU